AUGCGAUUACUAGACGUUUUAUUUUUCGAAUUUGAUUUGAAGGAUUAUACUAUUGAUCAAUGUGCUUUGAAUAUAAAUCGAUGUGGAGCAACAACUCGAUUAAAACAUUCUAAUUAUCUACAAUUGAUACAAUUCAAUCAAUUGAAUUCAAUUCAAUUAAUGAAUAGUGAAAAAAUUCUAUUAACAUCAGAUAUACCAUUGGUAAAUUGUGCUUUAUAUAUAAUGAUGAAUUCAAUACAGCAUUUAGAUACCAUGUUUCCAAUUAAAUUCUAUGGUGAAUAUUAUAAAACAGUUAGAAUAUUAUCAAAUGGUAUUAUAAAUAUUGUGGAGUCAAAUUUUGGAAAAUUAUCUGGAAGCAUUAAAGUAUUUUAUGGAGUUUGGAAAACGGGUCAAGUGGAUAUUAUUCAUAAUGAUAAGUUUCUAACGGUAAGAUGGCCUAAUCUUAACAUUUACAAUGCACAUGGAAAAGAAAUGAAAGAACGUGCACAAAUAACAUGCACAAUACAUGUUAAUGGGAACAUAUCGAUUUUCUUUGAAACAAUACCGAAUGGAACAUUUAAUGAAACAGAAGAAUCUAUGCCUGGAAGUACUAUAUAUUAUCCAACGAAAAUUCAAAAUAAUGCCUAUUCACCUUAUUACAAAAACACUGCGAUAAAAGUUCCUGCAUUCUUGAUAAAGUCGAACACCUUGAUGGAGUUUAUACCAGAUCCAAUUUGCUCUGAUCAAACAUCAUGCGGUGAAUGCCUCAAACCAGGUGCAUUCGCUACAAAAUGUUAUUGGUGUCCAAGAACAAGAAGGUGUACUAAUACUCAUGAUAGUUAUGGGAGAAUGUGGAAGAAAGGAGAGUGUCAAAUACAGAAUAGUAAAAAUUGUACUGUUCAGAACGAUGUUCUAACUACUCCGAUCCGAAAUAUCAUCGGUGUAGCAAAAUCCUCGAUCAGAAGAAAUAAACUUACAAAUCUCACACAGAAAAUUACAAACAACAAAUUAUCAGAACAUGUACCCAAUACGACUACUGUUCAAGUAAUUCAAGUUAAUAAAACAUUGAGUAUUCAACUAGGCAAUAUGUUUUUUAUACUUCACCAUGUGAUUGAUAGUUCGUAUAUAAUCUUAUGGAUGUUAGCGACUGUAUUCAUUAUUCACUUUAUUAUCCUUUUCAAUAUAUUAUGUAAUCUAUUAUAACUUUCUUACUUCUUAUCAAUGAUUUCUUUGUUAUCACGAUAUUUAUUCACAAGUUAUUAUUCUUAUUUAUUCACUUAUUCACUGUAUGUUCUGAGAAGUUGUAUGUUUCUAGGGCAAUGUUGGUCUUCAUUAUUUGAUUUGUGCAUACAUGAUUAUUAUUAAACAGGAAUUGAAUGGAUUUUCAUCAGAAUAGUCAUUGAAUUACAAAAUGAAUUAAAGACAGAUAGCAAAACUAAAUGACAAGAGAUCCAAAUGUUUUAUGAAAUAUGUAAAAAGAUAACUGUUAAAUUGUGCACAAUAUUUCAAAUUGUUGUUGUGUCCCGAUAAGAAUAAUGAAUGGUCAUUUUCUGGGAUCUAUUUAUGGACCAGUAUUGUGUGUAUAUUUUUGUUGUAUAAUUGUUAUGUAACUAAACUAUUCAUAUUCAUGGUCCUCUUAUUAUGAGCUUUAUUUUAACUUAUGAACUGUUAUUAUACGAUUUUCCAUUCUUGAAUUAUGCCCUGUCUAUUAAUCACUACCCCCCACAUUCACAGCCACAUUUGGCCAAAUCUUGUACAAAUGUUGUUUCAUAUUUUAUUGGUACGUUUUGGUCUGUUUGAUUAGUACAUAAACCCAGUAUGUUUGAAAUAUAAUGAUUCAUAUCGCAGAGGCUCGGAUUGGUGUUCUGGACUUAACUGGUUGGGCUAGGUGGAAAGCAGGACCAAUCAAAACUCUAGACUGUUCGCACGUGUUUUACGCGCCCUUGGUCCGAUCGAUAAUUCGCUGCUCCCUAAUUGGCGGUUACAAGUUAUAACAACUGUUUAACUAUAUUAAUUUUUCGUUCAC